UGUUCAAUUUCGAUCGACAUCACAAAAUCCACGCACAAAACAAGGAGCCUAUACUAGAUGACGACUACGACUACGAGGGUGGCCAGCAGCAGGUCGUGCGGCGGCGACGAUGAGCCGGCGGUGCGCAAGGGGCCGUGGACGCUGGAGGAGGACCUCAUCCUCGUCAGCUACAUCUCCCAGCACGGGGAGGGCUCCUGGGACAACCUCGCGCGCUCAGCUGGUCUGAACAGGAACGGCAAGAGCUGCAGGCUGCGGUGGCUCAACUACCUUCGGCCAGGGGUGAGGCGGGGCAGCAUCACGGCGGGGGAGGACACGGUGAUCCGGGAGCUCCACGCGAGGUGGGGGAACAAGUGGUCCAAGAUCUCCAAGCAACUCCCCGGCCGGACCGACAACGAGAUCAAGAACUACUGGAGGACCAGGAUCCAGAAGAAGAAGAAGCAGCAUCAGGCACCCAUGGCGACGACGACGUCGACGCAGCAGCAGCAGCAGGAGCAGGAGCCGUCGACGACGACCGUCAGCUCCGGCGGCGCCACCGGGGACUACUACUGGUGCACCAAACCCGCGGACCCCGAUCUUCAGCAACAGCAAGCGUACUACUGCCAGAAAGCCGCCAUGGCGGCAGCUGCGACGACGAACAACGUUAACGCGGUCGCCGUCAGCAGCGAGGGCGCGGGAGCGUCGUCGCCGGCGGCGCUGACGAUGAGCCAGGACAGCUCCACGGCGGCCGGAGACUGGUACACGCAGCACCAGCAGACGACGACCUACCCCUACUACUGCUCCGAGCUGAGUUUGGUUGCCGGCGGCGGCCACGGUGAAACAACGGCCGGUCUGGACGCUCUGACGAUGCAGUUCUUGUCGUCACACUUCACUGCCAGCUUUUGGACCAACGGUAGUGUGGACGAUUUCUGGGAGACGAAACCGAUUACUGAUGCGUUCUGAAAUACACUUAUACAUCCUACUUACUUCUGAAACUAGCUAGAACGGACAACAAAAGGGAAGAGAACAUAUGUAUUGAUCAAUAUAUAGAACUAUAUAGAAGCGUUAUAUAUAUGUAUAUACCUUGUACUAUAGUCUAUAGAGAGUACUUUGUGUGUGAUACUUGAUAUGACGAUCUCACUUUAUUUU